GAUCUAGGACUGAAAAACAACUUCUCAGGCCAAGUCUGAUUCCCUUUCUUUUACAAAUAGGGAAACUGAGGCCAGGGGAGAUUGCAUUCAUCAGCUUUUGAGCUCCUUGAGAACAAGAACUGUUUUGCCCUGUUUUGCCCUUGUAUCCCCAGCACAGUGCCUGGCACACAAUAAGUGCUUAGCACAUAUUUUUUUACCUUUAUUUAAAUGACUUCCCCAAGAUCACAAGGUUAUGUAAUAGGCAGAGAAGGGAGUUGAACCCAGAUAAGCCAGUAUGUUCCAUGAUGCAAAUGACUUUCACAGAAUCUCAGGAUAAAUUCAGAGUGGCUUAGGACCCUGGCGUUUUGCUAGUCCAAUUUAUACCUGAACAAGAAUCCCCUUUAUCACAAUCGUGUCUUCUCCCUCCUUGAAGACUUUCAGUUGGGAGGGACCAGUUGCUGCCCAAAGCAGUCUAAUUUCACUUUAGAAUAAUUCUUUAAAAGUUUCUUAGCACCAAACCUAAAUUUGGAAUUUUCACCUACCAAAGAUAACUAGGCAGAGAUAAAUCUAAUUACUCUUCUAAAUUUCAGCCUUCAGAAAACUGAAGAUAGCCAUCAUGAACUCUGAACUUGAAGCCAACUAUCAUGUCCAAGUUUCCUUUGAUAGCUGGAGUUUCAUCUCUUGGGAAAUCUCUACCACACAAGCAGCGCCAGCGGUCCCUCGCCCUUUGCACCCCGCAGCCAUGGAAGGCUCAGCACCCAACCACUACACUCAGAAGCGGGGCUGUGAUGUGAUGCGAUGCCCCCACCUCAACAAGGAUAUGGCUUUCACUUUGGAAGAGAGACAACAGUUAAAUAUACAUGGAUUAUUGCCACCUUGUUUUCUUGAUCAAGACAUCCAGGUUCUUAGAGUUGUUAAGAAUUUUGAACGACUGAACUCGGACUUUGACAGAUACCUUCUUUUAAUGGAUCUUCAGGAUCAAAAUGAAAAGCUCUUCUACAGAGUGCUGACUUCUGACAUUGAGAAAUUCAUGCCUAUUGUUUAUACUCCCACAGUAGGACUGGUUUGCCAGCUGUAUGGCCUAGUAUUUCAGAGGCCAAGAGGUCUCUUUAUCAGUAUCCAUGACCGAGGACACAUUGCUACAUUGCUUAAGUCAUGGCCUGAAGAUAUUGUCAAGGCUAUUGUGGUGACUGAUGGAGAACGGAUCCUUGGUUUGGGUGAUCUUGGCUGCAAUGGAAUGGGCAUUCCUGUUGGCAAAGUGGUAUUGUAUACGGCCUGUGGAGGAAUGAAUCCUGAAGAGUGUCUACCUGUCACCCUUGAUGUGGGAACUGAGAAUGAAGAGUUGCUAAAAGAUCCUUUAUAUAUUGGACUGAGGCAGAAGAGAGUGAGAGGAAGUGAUUAUGAUGAUUUUUUGGAAGAAUUCAUGGAAGCAGUUACUUGCAGGUACGGAAUGAACUGUCUCAUUCAGUUUGAGGAUUUUGCCAAUACAAAUGCAUUCCGUCUCUUGGAGAAGUACCAGAACAAAUAUUGCACAUUCAAUGAUGACAUUCAAGGAACAGCAUCGAUUGUAGUUGCUGGUCUCCUUGCAGCUCUGCAUAUUACUCAGAACAAGCUGUCUGAUCACACAGUUCUAUUCCAAGGAGCUGGAGAGGCUGCUCUGGGGAUUGCAAAACUUCUUAUUAUGGCCAUGAAAAAAGAAGGGACGUGCCAGGAGGAAGCCAUCAAAAAGAUAUGGAUGGUUGAUUCAAAAGGAUUAAUAGUUAAGGGACGGGCUUUUUUAACAUAUGAAAAAGAAAGAUUUGCCCAUGACCAUUAUGAAAUGAAGAACCUUGAAAAGAUUGUCCAAGAAAUAAAGCCAACUAUCCUCAUAGGAGUUUCUGCAGUUGGUGGUGCUUUCACAGAACAAAUUCUCAAUGACAUGGCUUCCUUCAAUGAACGACCCAUCAUUUUUGCUCUAAGUAACCCAACAAGCAAAGCAGAGUGUACAGCAGAGCAGUGCUACCAAAUGACAGGGGGCUGUGGCAUUUUUGCAAGUGGCAGUCCAUUCAAUCCUGUCACUCUUCCAGAUGGUCGGACUUUUUAUCCCAGCCAAGGCAACAAUUCCUAUGUGUUUCCUGGAGUAGCACUUGGUGUUGUAGCAUGUGGAUUAAGGCACAUUCCUGAUAAAAUAUUUCUCACUACUGCUGAGGUUAUAGCUCAGGAAGUCUCAAAUGAACACUUGGAGGAAGGCCGUCUAUACCCUCCUUUGAAGACCAUUCAAGAUGUUUCCUUGAAAAUUGCAGUGAAGAUUGUGGAAGAAUCCUACCAUGAUAACUCAGCUACUAUCUAUCCUGAGCCCCAAGAUAAGGAAGCAUUUGUCCGUUCUAAAAUUUAUCAUACUAAUUAUGACCACAUUUUACCUGACUGUUACUCUUGGCCUAAGGAGACUAUGAAAAUACAGACUGUAAAUUAGGACUUGAAGCAUAGAAAAGUAGCAUAUGUGUGUGUGUGUGUGUGUGUGUGUGUGUGUGUGUGCGUGUCUCAAUGGCAUUUUGAGAUUUUUUCUUUAUUCUCAAAUAUGAAUACUUUUUGUAAAAAUUGAAAAAUCUCUUAAAUUAAAAUGAUUUUUGGUUAGUAAUGUUGUAGUUUAAUUUUAUCUUUUGAUUGACUGAUAAUGAUUAAUCCAGGUUAAGAGAGUCAUUUGGACAACAAUCCUAUCUUUGUAUUCUUUUGUUCAUUUUUUAAAAAUGUAAAUCUUUCUAUCCCAAGUUCUUUUUAAAAGUCUUUGUACUUACUGAAAAUAUCAUUAUUUUUACAUAUUGCACUAAAAUUAUUAAUAUAAGCAACUAAAAAAAUAAAAACAUUUAAAGAAUUUUUAGGAGGCAAGAUGGCUGAGUAGAAGCAGCAAAAGCAUGAACCACUAGAAUCCUGUUCAACCAACCUUAAAAUAAUACAUAAAAAUGAAUACUGGAGUGACCAAACCAAUAAGGGGAUGGAAUAAGGUAAUUUUCUUAUAGAAAACAAUGAAAGGUAGGCAGAGAGGGUCUGAUCACUAGGGUGAUAGUGGAGAGCAAUACCCUACCAAGAAGUACUGGUGCAGGUCAACAAUAUGUCCCCCCUCUCCACAUCUAUAGUUCCAGGUUCUGAACCUGGGCCCAACCCAAAGUCAAAACCCUGAGACCCUGCCUAAGCCCAAAGUAAUACAACCCUCUUGUCCCUACAUACACCCUUUAAAUUAUAAGCCCCAGCUCAAGCCUGUAAUGAGUCCUCAAGUCCUAGCACAGGGGAGUUCAUAGUGUGCCUGGCUAGUACAGGCCUAGAAAGAGGCCCUGAGCCCCUGCCCAAACCCAAACAAGGCCUCAAGCUCCAUUGCAAGGCAGUUAGCAAGGAAUCUAUUGGGAUACAAGCUCAAAGGGAAACCCAGAGCCUUUGCCCAAAACUACAGUGAGGUCUUCCUGAGGAAUUCCAGCAUAAGGCAGUCUGUGUGUAAACCUGGUAUAUUUAUGACCAGAGGGAGGUCCAAAACCCCAACUCUAGUCUGCAAUGAGGAACUGAACCCCAGUGCAAGUCAAUAUAGUCCAUAGUGAAGCCCAAAGCCCCCACUCAAGCUCAAGGCAAAGUUCUAAGCCCCAGGACAAGACAGUCCACUGUGUGCCUGACCUGAUCAAGCCCAGAGUGAGGCCUUAGGCCUCUGCCCAACCCUGUGACCACCAAAGGAUACCUCACAAUGUUCUGAGUUCUGAAUAUCAUCAGCAAUCCUGGAAAUGAUUGAAUCAGUAGGGAAAGGUAGUUUUCAGAACUACAUUGGAAGAACUGAAAUUUGCAAAAACCCAGAAACAGAGCUAAGGGUAGCAGCAAGGAAAAACUGAAGUUUAAGAGAGUACCUCCAGAACCCACCUUUAAGAUAAAAAUAAAAGUCAUAAAAAAGGGGGUAAAUGAGCAAACUUUUAAAAAUACCUAAUCAUAGAAAAUUAUAUGGAGAAAGGAAGAAUAAGACAAAACCUCAGAAGGGGAUAGUGAAAGCAAAACAGAUACACAUAAAACUUGAAAGAAAAAUAUGAACUGAUCUUGGGCUUUGGAAGACCUCAAGAAGGAUUUCAAAAAUCAAUUUAGAGAGGCAAAGGAAAAAUGGUGAAGAGAAAGGAAAGCAAUGUAAGAAGAAAAUAAUAGCUUAAAAAUCAGAAUUGGCCAAAUAAAAAAUGAGGUUCAAUAGCUCACAGAAGAAAAUAAUUUAUUAUAAAUUAGAAUUGGGAAACUCUAAGCUAAUGAUUUUAUGAGACAUAAAGAAACAAUAAAACAAAAUCAAAAGAAGGAAAAAACAGAAGAAAAUAUGACUUAUCUCACUGAAAAAAACAAUUGAUAUAGAAAAUAGAUCCAAGAGACACAAUUUUAGAAUUAUUUGACUACCUGAAAGCCAUGAGCAAAAAAUUAUGAGCAAAAAAAAAAAAAAGCUUAAAUGUCAGGUAAAAUAGAAAUUGAAAGUAUCCCACAGAUCACAUCCUCAAAUCCCCAAAUGACAACACCCAGGAAUAUUAUAGCUAAAUUCAAGAUUCCCCCCUCCCCAAACCAAUGAGAAAAUAUUGCAAGCAUACAGAAAGAAGAAAGUCAAAUACCAUGAAGUUAUAGUCGGGGUUACACAAGAGUUAGCAACCUCCACAUUAAAGGAUCAGAAAGCUGAGAACAUGAUAUUCAGGAGAGUAAAAGAAUCACGUUUACAAUAUAGAAUCACCCAUCCAGCAAAAUUACAUAUAUUCUUUUAGGUGAAGAUACAGUAAUUUAGAGAUUUCCAAGCAUUCCCAAAUAAAAAGACUAGACCUAAACAGAAAAUGUGAUGUCCAAGUACAAGACUCAUGAGAAACAUUAAAAGGUAAAUAAAAAAGAGAAAACUUAAAGGAUUCAAUAAAGUCAGACUGUAUUUCUACAUGGAAAGAUGAUAUUUGUAAUUCUUAAAAAUUUUAUCAGUAUUAGAGCAGUUAGGAGUAUACAUAGACAAAAGGUGUGGGAGUCAGCUGAUAAAAUAAUAUGCAAAAAAAAAUCAAGGGUUGAAAAAGAGGAAUACACUGAGAGAAACGGGAAGGGGGAAGUAGAAUAAAACAAAUUAUCUCACCUAAAGAGGUGUGAAAAACUAUUACUGUGAGAAUGAGAGUGGUGACAGGCAAUGCUCAAAUCUUACUCUCAUCAUAAUUGUGUCAGGGAAUAAGUAUUCUCACUUGGGUACAGAAUUGUAUUUUACUGUAUAGGGAAGCAGGAGAGGAACAAGGGGAGAAUAGUAAUAGAAGGGAGUAGGAAGGGGGUGGAGUUAAUUAAAAAAACACUUCUGAAGAGGGACAGUGGAAGGAAAAAGAGCAAGAUCAAAGAGGAAAAUAAGAUAUAGGGGAAUAAGCAGUUGGUGAUCAUUACUGUGAAUGUGAAUGGGAUAAACUCACCCAUCAAAAGUAAAUAGAUAGCAGAGUAGUUUUAAAAAACAGAAUCCUGUGACAUGUUGUUUAUAAGAAACACAUCUGAGGUAGGGAGAUACACAGAGUAAAGGUAAGGGGUUGGAUCAGAAUUUAUUGUGCAUCAGCUGAAGUAAAAAAAGAAAUAACAAUCAUGAUCUCAAAUGAAGCUAAAGCAAAAAUAGAUCUAAAUAAAGGAGAUAAGGAAAGAAAUUACAUCUUGCUAAAAGGCACCAUAGACAAUAAAAUAAUAGCAAUACUAAACAUAUAUGCACCAAGUGGUAUAGACUCAAAUUUUUUCAAGGAGAAAUUAAAUGAGCUUCAGGAGGAAAUAGAGAGUAAAACUACACUAGUGAAGGAUCCCUUUCAAGAUCUAGAUAAAUCAAACCAAAAAAUAAGAAAGAAGUAAAGGAAGCAAUUUUAGAAAAGUUAGAACAAAUAGAUCUCUGGAGAAAAUUAAAUGAUAAUAAAAAUGAAUAUACUUUUUCAGUAGUACAUGGCACAUACAUGAAAACUGACCAUGUAUUAGAGCAUAAAAACUUCACAACCAAAUGCAGAAAAACAGAAAUGUUUCCUUUUCAGAUCAUAAAGCAAUAAAAAUAAUGAGUCCAUGAAAAGACAAAAAAUAUUAAUUGGAAACUAAUCUAAUUCUAAAAAAGGAAUAGGUCAAGGAACAAUUAUAGAAACAAUUUCACUAAGGAGAAUGACAAUGAGUAUAUACAUAUCAAAAUUUAUGGGAUGUAGCCAAAAAGCAGUACUUAUGGGAAAUUUUAUAUUUCUAAGCAAAUCAGUAGAAAAGAGAAAAAGGAGAUCAAUAAACUGGGCAUUUGAUUGAAAAAAAUGAGUAAAAGAAUAAAUUUUAAAACUCCUAAUUUAAGACUAAAUUGGAAAUCCUAAAAAUAAAAGGAUAAAUUAAUAAAAUUGAAAGAAAGAGAACCAUUGAAUUAGUAAAUAAGAUUGGGAGUUGGCUUUAUGAAAAAUAAAAUAGAUAAGAGCAUUAGUUAAUUUUAUUUUAAAAUAGAAAAAGAAAACCAAAUAACAAGCAUCAAAAAUGAAAAGGGUAAAUUCACCACCAAUGAAGAAGAAAUUAAAGUAGUCUUUAUGAGCUAUUUUACCUAAUUAUAUGCCAACAAAUUUCAUAAUUGAAGUGAAAUGGAUGAAUAUUUACAAAAAUAUAAAUUGCUCAGAUUAACAAAAGAGGAAAUAAGAAAUAGAAAUUGAACAAAUCAUCAAUGAAUUACUUAAGAAAAAAUCCCUAGGGCUAUAUGAAUUCACAAGUGAAAUCCAGCAAAUAUUUAAAAAAUAAUCCCAAGACUAUAUAAGCUAUUUGGGAAAAUAGGAAGAAAAGGAAUCCUAUCAAAUUCUUUUUAUGACACAAAUGUAGUACUGUUACUUAAGCCAGGAAGAGCCAAAACAAAGAAAAUUAUAGGCUAAUUUCUUUAAUGAAUGCAAAAUUUUUUAAUAAAAUGCUAACAAGGAGAUUACAGCAACACAUCACAAAAAUCAUUAAGUAUGACCAGGUGGGAUUUAUACCAGGAAUGCAGGGCUGGUUUAACAUUAGGAAAACUAUCAGCAUAAUUGACUAUAUCAAUAACCAAAAUAGCAGAAAUCACUUUAUCUCAAGAGAUGCAAAAAAAAAAAACUUUGACAAACUUCAACACCCAUUCUUAUUAAAAACACUAGAAAGCAUAGGAAUAAAAGGGUCAUUCAUUUAAAAAAGUACUGUCUUUCUAAAACCAUCAGUAAGUACCAUCUGCAAUGGGUAUAAGUUAGAAGCAUUCCCAAUAAGAUCAAGGAUGAAGCAAGGAUGCCCUUUAGCACCACUACUAUUUAAUAAUGUACUAGAAAUGCUAGCUUUAGUAAUAAGAGAAGAAAAAUGAUUUGAAGGAAUUAAAGUAGGCAAUGAGGAAGGAAAUAAAGUAGGCAAAGUAUCAUUGCAGAUGAUAUGAUAAUAUACUUAGAGAAUCCUUGAGAAUCAUCUAAAAAACUAGUUGAAAUAAUUUUAGCAAAGUUGCAGGAUAUAACGUAAACCCACAUAAAUCAUCAUCUUUUCUAUAUGUUACCAACAAAGUUCAGCAGUCAGAGACAGAAAGAGAAAUUUUAUUUAAAAUGCCCCUAGGUAUUAUAAAAUUGCUGAGAAUCUACUUGCCAAGAUGAAUACAGGAAGUAUAUGGACACAAUUACAAAACACUUCACACAACUUAAGAACUAAACAAUUGGAAAAAUACUAAUUACUCAUGAAUAGACUGAGAUAAUAUAGUGAAAAUGACAAUUUUACCCAAGUUAAUUUACUUGUUAUUCACUGCCAGACCAAACUUCCAAAAUAUUAUUUUCUAGAGUUAGAAGAUAGAAUAUCAAAAUUCAUUUGGAAGAACAAAAGCUCAAGAAUAUUAAGGGAAUUAAUGAAAAAAUGUGAAAGAAGGUGGCCUAUUAGUACCAGAUCUCAAACUGAACUGUAAAGCAGUAAUCAUCAAAGCAGUCCGGUACCAUCUAAGAAAUAGAAUGAUGCAUCGAUGGAAUAGAUUAGAUGCACAAUAUAUAGGAGUAAAUGAUUUUAGUCACCUAGCAUUUGAUAAACCCAAAGACCCUAGCUUUGAGGUUAAAAACUCACUAUUUAACAAAAAGUGCUGGGAAAACUAGAAAGCAGUAUGAUAGAAACUACAUAUAGACCAAUAUCUCACCCCUAUGCUAAAAUAAGGUCAAAACAGGUAUAUGAUUUAAAGAAUGAUACCAUAAGUAAAUUAGGGAAACAUAGAAUAGUUUACCUGACAGAUCUCUAGGAAAGGGAAGAAUUUAUGACUAAAGAUUCUUGAUAAAGAGUAGCAUAAGAAAUAAAAUGAAUAAUUUUGAUUAUAUUAAAAAGGGUUUGUACAAACAAAACCAAUGUAACCAAGAUUAGAAAGGAAACAACAAACUUGGUGAAAACUUUUAUAAUACAUUUCUUUGAUAAAGGUCUAAUUUCUCAAAUUUAUUGAGAACUAAGUCAAAUUUACAACAAUAUAAGUUGUUCCACAAUUGACAAAUGAUCAAAGGAUAUGAAAAAGCCAUUUUCAAAUGAAGAAAUCAAAGCUAUCAACAAUUAUAUGAAAAAAUGUUCUAAAUCACUCUUGAUUAGAGAAAUGUAAAUUAUCACCUCAUACCUAUCAAACUGGCCAAUAUGAUAAUGAAAGAAAGUGAUAAAUAUGAGAAGGAAUUUGACAAAAUUGGAAUCCUAAUAUAUUGUUAGUUCUGGAUGGCAAUUGGAAAUUAUGACCAAAAUUGUGUAUACCCUUUCAUCUUGUAAUACCACUAUUGAGUCUAUAUACCAAAGAGAUCAUUAAAAAAGGGAAAGAAUCUACUUGUAAAAAAAAAAACAACAGUUUUAUAACAACUCUUUUUUUGUGGUGGCAAAGAAUUUGAAAUUGGAGGGACAUCCAUCAAUUGGGGAAUAGCUGAACAAAUUGUGGUAUAUUAUAGUGAUGGAAUACUAUAUUAUAAGAAAUUAUAUGCAGGAUGAUUUCAGAAAGAGCUGGAAAGAUCUACAUGAACUGACAUGGACUGAAAUAAAUAGAAUGAAGAGAACAUUGUACAUAGAAUUGGCCAUAUUGUACAGUGAUCAACUGUGAAAGACUUAGCUACUUUCAGCAAUACAAUGAUCUGGGACAAUUCUGAAAGACUUAUGACAAAGAAUAUAAUCCAUCUCCAGAGAAAGAACUGUUGGAGUCAGAUGCAGAGCAAAGUACACUAACUUCCACGAUAAUUUGUUUUGUUUUGUUUUUGUUUUUGUUUUAUAUGAUUAUUCUCUUACAAUAAUGACCAAUAUGGAAAUAUGUUUUGCACCACAAUAAAUGUAUAAUUCAGAUAAAAUUAAUUACCAUCUCUGAGGGGGAAGGAAGGAAGGAAGAGAGACAAUUUAGAUCUUAUAAUUUUGGAAAAGGUAUGUGGGAAUUUUUUAUUGCAUGUAAUUGAAAAAAAAUAUCUUUAUAAAAAUUUUUUUUAAUUUUAAAAAUAAAAGCAGUCCUAAUUCAUGGCCCAUACAAAAAAAAAAACAUCACACCAUAUUUGACCUUCAGGGUAUAUUGCCAGCUUGUACUAGAAGGGCACGAUGUAACAUACAUCCUCAAACACCAUCAGUGCAUGAAAUUAUUUUCAUUGACUAUAUUUGUUACAAGGGAAGAUUUAUGGGGAAAAUCUCAUAGAGGGAGUGCAAAAAGUGAUAGUGAUAGUGAGUUAGGAGAUGAAAUUGAAAAGAACAUCAAUAAAGCAGUUAAAAUACCCAAAAGAAAGCAGAAAGAUAUUCAGGGGGCAAUAUAUACAAGCAUGGAAUCUCCUGUGUUAAAUGUAUAAGCUGAGUAACUAAGAAGCUAAAUGACUUUGUCAAAGUUUCAUGGAAGGGAAGGCAAAGUUGGGAAUUGAACAUUGGUCCUCUGACUCUAAAUCUCAUAUUUCUUCUACUAUACCAGGCAGUCAGUAGAAGGGAAAUUUUCAUUCAUUUAUUUAUUUAUUAUUAUUAUUUGUUUUUUGCUAAAUCCUUACUGCUAUCUUGAAGGUUGUUAUCAUUCAUCCUUUAUUUCAAAGAUGACCUAUGAUAUUACAGGGUAAUGUCUUGAUUUCCAUGUGAAUUGGACUUAAGUGAGGCAGAAUUACACAGUCUCACUUUCUCUUCCAGAGUCAUUAAAGUCCAAUGGCAAAACAAAAGUCAGGACACCUGACAAUGGCCUGAGAUGCAGUGGAUGAUCUUGGCAUCUUUGAUUCUGGCCAAGUUCUAACCACUCCCAACACUUGCUUCAGCUACCCUCAGGGCUGUUGGAACAAAUUAUUCUCAUCUGCCCAUUCUCCAAGUCUUUAAAUGCUUGGGGUAGACAUCCUCCUAAUUCACUGAUAAGUUUGAGCUAUAUCUGUUAGCCUAAUUUAGACUGCCUGCUAAGAUAGUUUUAACGGGGUGUGGCUGUCAAGCAUGCUAUAGCUUCUUGAUAUCACAGGUGAGAGAGUUAGGUGAGGAGGCACCAAAGACAUAUGAGAGCCCUCCAAAGGUCUUGGCAAGCCCUCAUACCAGAGGUGCUAGUCCCUCCUCAAUAUCCUGUGUAUUUGCAUCCUGAGAGAGAAGGAUUAGCACUUACUCCUAUAAAGAGGGUAGUAUGUGUACAAAACAAAGUAUUGGAUUGCUUGAAUGAACUCAGUCAUCAAUAUUACUUCUGUUCUUUCCCUCUACUGUGGUAGUUUAAAAUAUAGCCUGAUACUUCAUUAAUAAUUAAAGAGGUGCAAAUUAAACUACCUUUGAGGAGCUAUCUCACACCUAUCAAAAUGACAAAAAUUAAUAAAAGCAAAAAAACUAAAUUCUGGCAAGGUCAUAGAAAGAAGUACAUCCAUUCAUUCCUGGGUGGAAUUGGAGAAGGUACUCUUCAACAAGUAUUCCUGGAAAAUCUGGGAAACAAUUUGGUAAAAAAACAGAACAAUUGGUUCUUAUGAGCUUCUUAUACUUUAUGCAACAAUAAAUUGCAAAUGGAUAAAUGAUUUAGAUAUUUUAAAAUCACAUUAUAAAAAUGAAAGUGGAAAGUAUAGCCCACAGUCAUGGAUAGGAAGAAAUCUGUAAACAAAUAAAGGAUAAAAUACAAAAUAGACUUAUGAUUAUAAAAUUUUAAACUCUUACAUAAAUAAAACCAAUUAAGCCAGGAUUAGAAGAAAAGAUAAAGAUAAGAAAAAAAAUAACUUUCAUUAAAGCCUGAUAUUCAAAACCAUAAAGGAAUUCACUCACAUGCACACACACACACACACACACACACACACACACACACACAUUCCAUUUUUUUUUUUUGCUAGCAUUGCUAGCAUUAUCUUAUCAAAGGUAUUCUUCCCUUCUAUUAACAAAUGAAAAACUUUUUUUCUGAGGGGAAUGUGCUUUUUAAAAGGACAGCGUGCUUUUUUGAGAAAUGUUUACAACAAAACAAAGUCUGUCAAUACUUUUAGAAGGUAAUUCAUCAAACUUCUAUCAGGAAAAAAAAUUAGGAGAUGAAAUCAGAAACCUUUCACAACUAUGGUUAGGGGGUUAUUGAAAAAAGGAUCAAUUAUUCAUUUUAAUUGCAUGAAAUUAAAGUUUUUGCAUGGUCAAAGCCAAUCUAUGCUCUUAAAAUAGGAAGUGAAACUAUCAUCUAGUGAAAAAAUCUUUACAGCAAUUAUCUCUGAUGAGGGAAUUAUAUAACUAUGAUAAAUAUAAAUAGGAAAUUAACAUAAAUAUGUAGAACCAAGAACCAUUUCUCUAUGGAUAAGUGGUCAAAGUACAGUUUUCAAAACACAAACUAUUAAAACUACAUGAAAUAUUGUUCCAAAUCAAUAACAAUAAGAAAAAUAAGGGGUGUAGAUCCAAGAUGAUGGAGUAAAGGCAGCAAUACAGCUAAAUUUUUCCAAUGUUCCCCCCAAAAAAAACUUUAAAAGAAUGCAUCAAAUCUAUUUCUGCAAUAACCAACAAAAGGUCAGGUGAGACACUUUUCCAAGCCAAGACAUCUUACAAGGCUGGAAGAGAAGUCUGUGACAUUGGGGUGGUUUCUAGCCCAAAGUACAUACACUGGUAUCAGCAGCACUGAGUCUUGGAGGUAGCAACAGGAGCAACAAUAUCUUUCAGAACUCUCCAGAGAUGUGCCAGAGCAGAAAGGAGCAAGUACAGUUUCAGGGGAGGAGGAGACUUAGUUUCAAUUCAAGGAGUUAAAGAAGAGCUAGUGUUUGCAGCUACAUUGGAGCAGAGGCUCUUCCUGGUCAGAAUGGAGCAUUGGAGAGCAGUAACCAUACCUUUCCCUAGAUCACACCACCUUAAGAGUUCAAAAACUUACAGAUUCCUACAAAUAGCUCUGAAAACAGUAUCGUGGAAAAAUCCUAAAGUUGGGACAGUGGCCCUCCUUUCCCAGGUAAGCAGAGCCUAACCUUAACAUAAAAUUGAAAGUCAAGAAAUAGACUGGAAAAAUGAGCAAAUAACAACCAAAAAAACUACCAUAUCAUAAAAAGUUACUAUAGUAACGGAAAAAUCAAGGCAUAAACUCAGAAGGAUACAAUAAUGUGAAAAUUCCUACUACCAAGGUCUCAAAGAAAAAUGCAAAUUGGAUACAAAUCCAACAAAAAGUCCUAGCAGAGCUUUUUAAAAAUGAGAGGAAAAAUUGGGACAAUAUGAGAGUGAUGGAAGAAAAUUAUGAAGGGAAAAUUAACAGCUUGGUAAAAAUAGUACCAAAAAUUUCUGAAGAAAAUCACAUCUUAAAAAACAGAAAUGAAAAAUACAUGUAAAUAAAAGUAAAUGAAAAAAAGGUACACAAAUUCACUGAAGAAAGAAACUCUUUAAAAAGCAGAAUUCACAAAAUGGGGGAAAGAGUUUUAAAAGCUCACUUAAGAAAAUAAAUCCUUAAAAAUUAGAAUUGAGGAAAUGGAAGCUAGUGGUUCCAUAAGACAUCAAGAAACAAAAAAUAAAGUAAAAAAAUGAAAGAAAAAAAAACAGAAGGAAAUUUGAAAUAUCUUAUUGGUAAAAAAAGUGACCUAGAAAAUAUGACGAAGAGAUAAUUUAAGAAUUACUGGACUACCUGAAAACUAUGACCAAAAAAAGAACCAAGACAUCAUAUUUCAAUAAAUUAGUAUAAAGGAAAACUAUCCCAAUAUCUUAGAACUGGAGGGUAAAAUAGAAAUUGAAAGAAUCUAUCAAUUAUCUCCUGAAAGAGAUCCCAAAAUGAAAGCCCCCAGGAAUCUUACAGACAAAUUACAGAACUCCCAGGUCAAGGAGAAUUUAUUAUGAACAGUCCAAAAGAAGCCAUUCAAAUAUUGUAGGCAGUCAGAAUCACACAAUAUUUAUCAGCAUCUAAGCAAAAGGAACCUUGAAGGGUUUGGAAUAUGAUAAUCUGGAAUGUAAGGGAGCUAGUAUUACAACCAAGAAUAAUUUACUCAGAAAAAUCAAAUAUAAUCCUUCAAGGAAAAAAAGCAGAUAUUUUAGUAAAUAGAGGACUUUCAAGCAUGAAAACACCAGAGCUGAAUGGAAAAUCUGACAUUCAAACACAAGACUCGAGAGAAUCACAUAAAGGAGAAAUCUUAAGAGACUUAACAAGAUUAAACUAUUUAUAUUCUUAUAUAGGAUGAUGAUACAUGUAACUCUUUUUUUUUGCCAACUUCCUAGCUUGUUUAUUCCUUUGAAAUGUUACAUGAUGAUAAUAAUAAUAGUGUACAUUUAUAUAACACUUUACAGUUUAAAAAAUGCUUUCCUCAAAUUUCUAUUCCUUUUCUUUUUUUUUACUCUUCCUCUCAAUUUUUAUUUAUUUAUUUAUUUUUAAAUUUUAAACAUUAUUUUAUUUGGUCAUUUCCAAAUAUUAUUCACUGGAAACAAAGAUCAUUUUCUUUUCCUCCCCCGCCCCCACCUUUCUC